AGUAGAACCAGUGAAACCAGUAGAACCAGUGAAACCAGUAGAACCAGUUCACCAACAGGUGAACUAUAGGUGAGGGAAGAAAGCAGAGGGUGGGGUGAAUACCUGGACACUAGGGGGGUGAAGGCUGGAAACACCUGAGCUCUCACUGUUCAGUGUUUUGUUCUGAGGGAAACCGGGUCAGAGCGGUACCAGACUGGAUCAGAACAGGGUCAGAGCGCUGUGUCACUGUGUCGCUAUGGGAACUUCUGCUUUCCUCUGUUCUGUUUCUCUCAACAGGAAGAGGAACAGGAAGUCCAUCUGUAUUCAUCAGAACCGGCCGCAGGGUUACAUCAGAGAUGUGUAAAGGCGCCGGGUCCAGGCAGCAGCCCAGGUCCUGGUUCUGGUUGUAACCUUGGUGUUCAGAUGGGCGGUCCUGGCGCCGCCCACCUGCAUGCAUCAUUAACCGUCUUUAAUCCUCAGCUGGAUUCCAAACUCCCAGGAUGCAUUUCACCAACAGCACCCCAAAUGUCUGGAAGAAAACGGUUCUGUUCUAGUGAGCUGUUCAGACUGGCUCUGACUUUGUUAAACUGGUUCUAACUGGUUCUGACCGAGUCAGACUGGGCUAAGCUGGGUCCAUAUGGAUCAUACUGGUUCUGUUGGAACCGGCUCAGGGCAGAAGCGGCGCUCAGUGACAGUCAGUGAUCAGCUGAUGGAUAAAUAAAGAGUUCAGUGAUGAAGAGGAAGAAAGGGAGCUCUGUUGGAGAGAGAGGGAGGGAGGGCGAGCAAGUUGGGUUAGAGCAGAGAGUCAGGAGGAGCCAGGUGGUUCCAGGUCAUGUGACUGCUUAAGUCUGCAAGGUGAUAAGGUUCUGGAAUCCUCUAGUCCAGGUAUUGCAGUAAUCAAUCACAUCCCUAGUGCUCCCAGCCAGCAGAGGGAGCCAGCGAGCUGCAGAUCAACGCAGCAAGACGCAGAGCUAACACUGUUAGCAUGUAGCUGAAGCACCCAGCAACCAUCUUCUUCUCCCUCCACGGACCUGAUGUUUGACCUUUGACCCUGAAAUCUCCAACCAACUCCACUUAAGAUGAGAUGGUUGUUCCAAUGCCAUGGAUACCACCAGCUCUCACAGCGCCCCCCACAGGCACAGAGCGGAACACGUUGCUCAGAGAAACGCAGCAAUCGAACAGCUGAGACUGGAGAACCUGCAGCUCCAGAUAUGGACGUGUCUCUGAGCGAUGAUCCGCUACUUAAAGCAAUCCUGACAGAGAGAGGUGGCGGGACGGACGCAAAGCGAGACGCAGACGACCCUGUGGCCAUGUUGGAGCCCGGGACCCUGCAGUGGCCGGAGGACAGAGAGACGGGGACGGGGGGACGAACUGAUGGGGUCAUCACGAGGUCAGACGCAUCCAGCUGGACAGAGAGCGAGCGUGGCCGCAAGAUGGAGAGGGCGGGGCUUAUAGGUGAGGAGCGGUGCCGCCUGGAGGAGAACCAGCUUCCAGAGAAAGCUGCUCAGGUGUUCAGCCCGGCCGUCACCGUCCUCCCCUCCCCCGUCGCCUCCAGAGACACAGAGGCAUUCUGGGAAAUGGAAUCAGAGAGGAGCCCCUUCCUGAGCCCUCGCCAAGUGGACUWCAACCAACAUGGCUAUCAGUUUGACUUCCCCRAGGACCCCCCCCCUUCCACCUGUAAAGGGGGAUGUUCAGGCAGAGAUGCACUGAAGCUAGGUGUGUCCUUGAUGACAUCAGCACUGCUCUUCCCAUUCCUGGUGUGGGGGGGGUACGUCUUCCUGCCGUUUGACGCCCCCCUGCUGGACGGCGCCCCGCUGAGGCUGGUCUACACACUUCGCUGCUCUGUGUUCGCCGCCGCACCCGUCAUCCUCGGUUGGCUGGUCCUGGGCAUCAGCCGGCUACGCUCUGGAUCCACUCAGCCGGUCAUUGAUGAUGUCAUCAAGGAGGCGGAGCUUCAAGAAGUCUCCAUCCACCGACGCUUCAUCUCAGACUCCACCUCCCUCUUCCUGAUCUACUUCCUGCAGCUGGUUGUCAUGGCGAUGUACCUGAGCCAGGAGCAGCUGAAGCUCGUCCCGCUGCUGACCAUUGUCUUCGCCUUCGGCCGGUUGGCGUACUGGCUGGCGGCUGCGUUCGGCAGCAGCCUCCGCGGUUUCGGCUUCGGCCUGUCCUUCCUGCCCAGCCUCGUCAUGAUGGCGGCCAACUUCUACUUCAUCUUCACGGUGGAGUCGGCGGGGUCGGUGUUCGGCGCUGCACCGCCGCUGGACGAGGCGUUGCCUCCGCCCACAGGCAAACAGAGGUUCUGGGGAUGAUACCCGAACUUUUCUCUUGUUAUGAUUAUGGACUGUAGAAACUGGAAGCUCCGCCCACCUCUUUUAGUUUAUCAGUUCUUUUAUUUUGUAGGAAGGACACAACUUUCUAUUUUGUAAAUAUGGACUUGCAUUGAAUACAUUUUUAUCAGCCAACUGUGCUCAUAGUUUAGGUUUGUAUAAAAUUCAUCAACGGUUUCACAAUAAAAGCAUCAAACUCA